CUGAAGGUCAACUUUGAGAAAUUAUGUCUGAAGUAAACUUGACUAAACUGGGCUCCAACGUGCUGAAAAGUACCGUUGAUGAGGAGAGUGUGACGAUUGAAUCUCUGUGGCGUGAGCGGGCAGUGGUGCUCUUCUUCCUACGAAGGUUUGGAUGUCAAAUUUGCCGCUGGACUGCAGCUGAGGUCAGUAAACUGGAGGCAGACUUGAAAGCGAAAGACAUUGCCCUGAUAGGCAUCGGGCCUGAGGAGACCGGACUGAAAGAGUUUAAGGAAGGAGGCUUCUUGAAAGGAGAUAUUUAUAUUGAUGAGAAGAAGAAAUGCUACAAGGAUUUAGGCUUCAAAAGGUACAAUGCUCUGAAUGUGAUGCCUGCUGCUUUGGGAAAGAAAGUGCGAGAUAUUGCCUCUAAGGCAAGUGCUCAAGGGAUUCAAGGGAACUUUUCUGGAGACCUUUUACAGAGUGGAGGCAUGCUCAUUGUUGCCAAAGGUGGUGAGAAGGUCCUGUUGUACUUUAAACAGGAGACGCCAGGGGACUAUGUGCCACUAGAGGACAUCACUAAGGCUCUGGGCAUCUCUGCCAGUGUAGAAGCAGGAGAGAGACCACAGUGCAACGACGAUGUGUGUACAAGAUAAAGGACUGGUGCCAUGCCGGGGACUUCAGGACAGAUGAAAAAAAUCAC